UCUCUCUCUCUCUCUCUCUCUCUCUCUCUCUUCCGGCGAUGGAGCUCUCGGCGGGCGGAACUUUUGUUCUCCGGCGGUUGGGAUUUCUCCUGGUGAUCUCUUCUUUCCUUCAGAUCACUCUUGUGCCUCCAACAGGUGCUCAGCAGUCCAAUGCUACAACAGUAAAGAUAUAUGCAGAAGGGUAUUGUUCCAUGUAUGGUAUUUGUGGACGCCGCGGUGAUGGAAAGCCAGAUGAGUUGUUGUCCUUGAAGAUCCAGAGUUUGUGUCCAACAAUCACUGGCAAUGUCUGCUGCACUGCAGAUCAGUUUGACACAUUACCGAGGGCAAGUCCAGCAAGCAAUUCCUUUUCUUGUGGGAUGCCCAGCAUGCUUGAGGAACUUUUUAAAUCUUUUCUGCGAGCUCUCUUGCUCUCCAAAUCAAAGCCUCUUCAUCAUCGUGACUUCUGUGAUGAAGGUGCUCAAAAUUACAAAGAGUGGCUUGCAUUUAUUGGUCAUCAAGCAAAUCCCAAUGAACCUUGUUCACCAUAUGCAAUAGCCUUUCGAACAAAUCUUAAUGAUUCAGUCAGGAUGAAGCCUAUGAAUGUUACAGUUUAUUCAUGUGGUGACCCUUCUCUUGGCUGUUCAUGUGGUGAUUGUCCUUCAUCUUCUGUAUGCUUUGAUUCUGCUUCACCUGCUCCUCAUGAGAAACCAGCCUGUGCUAUUAGAAUUGGUUCUUUGAAGGUCAUUGGGAUAAUGUGGAACUAUCAUUCUGUGCAAAGGAUAAUAGGCAAAGUAGUCAAAUGUUUGGAUGUUUCAUUAGCAAUUUUGUAUUUUCUCUUAGUUUCUGCUUUUUCAGUAUGGUGUUGGUUACACAGAAAACAAGAAAGAACAGGUCCUUCUAGAACAAAAACUUUGGUGAAUGUUAUGGGUGAAAAUGAGCUCCUUUCUGUUAAUAAGCAGGAAAUUUCUACUCAGGUUACUCAGAUCACUCUUGUGCCUCCAACAGGUGCUCAGCAGUCCAAUGCUACAACAGUAAAGAUAUAUGCAGAAGGGUAUUGUUCCAUGUAUGGUAUUUGUGGACGCCGCGGUGAUGGAAAGGUUUUGAGCUGUCCUUAUAAUGUCCCUUCUAUGAAGGCAAUUCCUUUUCUUGUGGGAUGCCCAGCAUGCUUGAGGAACUUUUUAAAUCUUUUCUGCGAGCUCUCUUGCUCUCCAAAUCAAAGCCUUUUCAUCAACGUGACUUCUGUGAUGAAGGUCAAUGACAGUUUGACCGUUGAUGGCAUAGAUUUUUAUGUAACUAGUCAGUAUGUAGAGGAGUUAUUUAAUUCAUGCAAGGAUGUGAAAUUUGGGACUAUGAACACUCGUGCAAUGGAUUUUGUUGGUGCAGGUGCUCAAAAUUACAAAGAGUGGCUUGCAUUUGUUGGUCAUCAAGCAAAUCCCAAUGAACCUGGUUCACCAUAUGCAAUAGCCUUUCGAACAAAUCUUAAUGAUUCAGUCAGGAUGAAGCCUAUGAAUGUUACAGUUUAUUCAUGUGGUGACCCUUCUCUUGGCUGUUCAUGUGGUGAUUGUCCUUCAUCUUCUGUAUGCUUUGAUUCUGCUUCACCUGCUCCUCAUGAGAAACAAGCCUGUGCUAUUAGAAUUGGUUCUUUGAAGGUCAUUGGGAUAAUGUGGAACUAUCAUUCUGUGCAAAGGAUAAUAGGCAAAGUAGUAAGGUCUUUUGUCAACAAUGAUGCUACAUGGAUGAUAUAUUGGUGCAGUCCAACGAGGAAACUAGUCAAGGGUAAAUCCACCUCCCAUUUUGAGCCUGAAACAGUAGAAUUGUUAUGCUGUCCACUUGAAUGCCUUUAUCUAAAUAAUAUAUAAAUUUGAUAGUUUUGGAGUGACAAGUCUACAUUUUAUUCAGUAACACUAACAAACGGUUGGGACAAUUAACUUUACACAGUUGACAUCUGAAACAAUAGGUAUUCUUGGGAUUUUGUUUGUAAAACCAUUUGUAAGUUUACAUCUUUCUACCUCAUUUUUUUCAUAUAUAAUAAAUGUUAUGAUUUUUUUUUCCAGUAAAAAUUCUGUAAUUUGUGAUUCAUUUUAGGAUUGUCUCAUCUGUUGUCCUUUCUGAUUUAACACAUUUAUCUUUUGUUGCUGGCAGGCCAAAUGUUUGGAUGUUUCAUUAGCAAUUUUGUAUUUUCUCUUAGUUUCUGCUUUUUCAGUAUGGUGUUGGUUACACAGAAAACAAGAAAGAACGGGUCCUUCUGGAACAAAAACUUUGGUGAAUGUUAUGGGUGAAAAUGAGCUCCUUUCUGUUAAUAAGCAGGAAAUUUCUACUCAGGUUACUCAGGUGCAUAUUAAUUUAUAUUGUAAUUUUUUGUAUGUUUUGCUCUCUUGAUUAAGGUUCGCUGUCUCGCUUCCAGACCCCAUACCAUCCUAUUAUAGUGUUGGUUCGUACCAGUUUGGUUCGAGACUAUGUACCAUUUUGGUACCAAUACAGUACGGUACCGAUCAGUACGAUGAAGCUUGCUCUUUUUUAUCCAACGAUCAUAGUGCUGUUAUUGUUAUCAUUUUUUUCUCUUUUUUGCGUUUUAGACGGUAUGCUAUUUUGUACCUGGAAGUGUUAUCAGCUUAUCUCCUUGCCCAGUAAAAUAUUCAGAUUUCAAGUGA